CGUUGCCUCCGUUGCCGUGGGAAACGACCCCGGACGUGGGAGGGAGCAAAGACGUUUCCCGCCGGCGGGAGCUGCGGCUGUGGCUGAGAGAGGGGCUCAGAGGCGGCGGGUUCCAGCGCUGCAGCACCAUGGCGGACCAGCUUUAUUUGGAAAAUAUAGACGAGUUCGUCACGGACCAAAACAAGAUCGUGACAUACAAAUGGCUGAGCUAUACACUAGGGGUUCAUGUAAACCAGGCCAAACAUGCCACAAGGUCGCAGUAGUGAGAGAAGAUAAAUUGGAAGCAGUGAAGUCCAAGCUAGCUGUGACUGCCAGCAUCCAUGUGUACAGCAUCCAGAAAGCCAUGCUAAAGGACAGUGGGCCUCUGUUCAAUACUGACUAUGACAUCCUUAAAAGCAACUUGCAGAACUGUAGCAAGUUUAGUGCCAUACAAUGUGCAGCUGCAGUCCCUAGAGCUCCUGCUGAAUCCUCAUCUUCCAAAAAGUUUGAGCAGUCACACCUUCAGGUGUCAAGUGAGAUGCAAGCCAACAAUGAGCUCACAAUCAAUGGUCAUGGCCCACCUGCCUCCAAACAGAUUUCCCAGCAGCCCAAAGGGAUUAUGGGAAUGUUUGCCUCUAAAGCUGCUACUAAAACCCAAGAAACCAACAAGGAAACUAAAACAGAGGCUAAAGAAGUAACAAAUGCAUCUUCGGCAGGCAGCAAGGCACCAGGGAAAGGGAAUGUGCUGAGCAAUUUUUUUGGAAAAGCUGCUAUGAAUAAACUUAAAGUCAAUUUGGAUUCAGAACAAGCAGUGAAAGAAGAAAAAAUAGUGGAGCAACCUCCAGAGUCUGUCACUGAACCAAAGCUGGCAGCUCCUGCAGGCCUGAAGAAAUCCAGCAAAAAAGCAGAGCCUGUUAAGAUGCAGCAGAAGGAAAAAAAAAGAGGGAAGAGAGUAGAGUUAUCUGAUGAUGAGACAAAGGAAACUGAAAAUAUGAAGAAAAAAAGGAGAAGAAUCAAACUUCCUGAGUCUGACAGCAGUGAAGAUGAAGUCUUCCCAGACUCUCCUGGGGCUUCUGAAGCUGAGUCACCAUCCCUCCCUCCUCCUGUAUCUCCACCUCUUGAACCAGUGCCAAAGACUGAUUCCGAACCUCCUUCCAUCAAGAGCUCAAGUGGAGAAAACAAAAGAAAACGAAAACGUGUACUGAAAUCUAAAACUUUUGUGGAUACAGAUGGCUCUAUGGUGACUGAAAAAUUCUACGAGAGUGAAUCCUGCACAGAUAGUGAAGAGGAGCUUAAGAUGAAGACAUCCUCUGUACACAGACCCUCAGCCAUGCCUGUGAAAAAAGAACCCAAAGAGGAACGAAAGGGCCCCAAGAAAGGGACUGCUGCUCUGGGCAAAGGCAACAGACAAGUGUCUAUUACUGGCUUCUUCCACAGGAAAUGAACUGCCAUCUCUGGUAGGUCAGAGACUUGGAGUGGUCAAGGGAGAAGACCAAGAAGUAUAGACUCUCUCACUUACUGUGUAAGUUCAUCUAGAUGCUCACCUCACCUGUAUCAAAAGACUGUUCUUUCAUCUUGUGAGGUUUAUACUAUUUCUGGUUUUUAACCAAAAGGAAAUCACCUGGAAGCAGGAGGCAAAAGAAUAUUUUAAAAGCUGUAACCUUCUAAUGACAUUUUUAAAGCACAAUCUUUGACCUGUCCAGAAGAAUUUAUUCCAAAAUUAAACUGGAACAGGUUUCAGAAUUAUCACAGAAGCCAUUUAGUGGCUAAUCCACUGUGCCCCACUCACCCUAUCCCCUGAUCUGUAUAUGGUGCAGGAAGUAUUCCUUCUUGUUCCUUUAUACUCUGUGAACUUGUGUGGGUAUUUUUUACCCCUGAAUUCUACUGGAUGUGUUUACUACUCCCCCUGUCCUCCUAUCUUCUGUUCUCUACACUUCUGUCCCCCAACCCCAUGAAGCUGUUUUCUGUAAGUCUUUUAAAUCUUGGUUAGACUAAAGGCUGAAACAAAAAUCUCCCUGUAAUCCUCUUUCUCUAUCAUACAGUGCACUGACACCUGGCUACAGACCAGGACAUUGCUUUUGUUCUGCCCCUUUCACAAAAGUUCUCUAGACCUUCACUCGCAAUUAGUGGUUAGGGAAAAGCCUCAGGCAGAACACAAAUAGAAAUUUAAUAAUGUAUUCAACUCCACCAGAAAUUACUUAGUCAGCAUGGAUGAUAUUAGAGGAGUUGUCAUGUUGCUGACACAGAAUGUACUUUAUACUGCUCUGUGUGGUUUGUUGGUCUCCCCCCUUCUCACUCUCAAAACCUAGAGAGUGAAACCUAUACAAUGAGAUGAAGUCUAAAAAGAGAAAUCCCUUCCUUCAUACAGUGUACAACAGUUACAUAAAAUUUCUCCUUCUCAAGAAAAUGGAAUGUUCAGAAACAGCAGUUUUCCAGGAAGUUAAUAAGGAAGAUAGGACACACAUUUGUGCAUAGAUGUUGUUCCUUUGUAUUUUUACCUCCCCCAUUUGCCUAAAAGUACAGGCUCUCCGAGAAGAGAUGGAGAGAUUGAAUCGUUAGUAGGUAUAAAUAGUAAAUAAACAUUUUUGCUUCUUACUUAUGGAAAAUCAUCUAUUCCAGUGGUAACUUUCAAGUGACUUCCAUUAUGGCUGGACAGGCAAGUGAGCUCAGUGGCUUGAGGUGGUGUUGCAGUGAUCUUGUACAGUGAGCUCUGGGGAAGGGAACAGGCUGGACUGCUGGUGUGACGCAUGCGUAACAGACAAGGAGUGUCUGACCUCCUUCCGCCUCAGCCUGGUGUAUGUCGUAAGUGAUGCAAUCAGCCAUCUCCUGUUUAAGGUUAGGAUUGUGACUGACCUUGGGAUUAACUCAAGCUUCUUUAGCAUGAAUUUGAUUAAGACCAGAGGUUUGGGAAAUGAAUCCUGGCAUUAUGUCUAGGACUUGAGAAGGAAGCAGCUUUGUAUAGCAAGCUGAGUAAAAAGUUGACGUAUUCCAAAACACUUUUUAAAAUGAAAAGGAUGGAGAGAAGGAUGGAAAGCCUGGACUCAAAACUUUACAAAAAACUUCUGGAGAGGAAUCCUUUUUAAAUGGUUAUUUUCGUCAUUGCCUGUAGUCAUUUUUCUAAAUAGUAAUGGAAAAUUAAAGAAAAAGCAACAAUCUUGUCUUUUUUUUUUAAAUUAUUAUGCUGGGAUCUCUAAUAAAACCGAAUUUGAACUGGAAAAAUCUGGUGCUGGUUGGAGUUCCAUUUUUCAAGGGAUAAUGCAGAUCCUAGGAUCUCUGUGCCCAAUUUGCUGCCUAAACUCUGCAAGGUUUGAGUGGUAGCUUUUUUUUGCUUUUUACAUAAUACUCUACCAUGUUAUCCACAUGAGUUAAAUAAAUGAGAAGUUGUUUUAAAACACUGCUUCAAACUGAAUGUCUGAUGAGUCUAUUAUUUGACAGGAUGACAGCAGUGUGUACAAUUUUUUAAACUCUGGGAACAAGGCUGGUUUUCCAUUUAUAUUGUUAAAACUGCAUACCCAUAGUCUGAGAUGCACAAGUUUAUUUGCUGCCUUCAUCAUUUUUUCGGCCCUGUGGGGAGUCUUACUUUCGGCCAACCUCAUUUCUUAGUUCAUUUAGAAGGAAAUCUAGUCCUGAUCUUGCACACUGUAUGAGUUUGGCUUCAUCACUUACUAUUAUAGCUAUAUGACCUUAGGCAAAUUUCUGAGCCUCAGAUUCUUUAUCAGAGUGGAGCUAAAAUGAAUUACC